CACUUCCUCGUUUGUGAUGCUCACGUGAUCGCUGCUCAGCUAUGCGACUGAUGUCUGCUGUAACUUUCACUCUCCUAAGUGUGGUAAUAUGUUGUUCUCUGACAGAAAAGCCACCAAAUGCUUCGAAUCCAAACAUUAUCAUCAUGCUCAUGGAUGACAUGGGUUGGGGGGACCUGGGUGUGUUUGGCCAGCCCUCUAAAGAGACCCCCAACCUAGAUGCCAUGGCAGCUCAAGGGAUGCUUCUUCCAAACUUCUACACCGCCAACCCACUCUGUUCCCCGUCCAGAGCUGCACUUCUCACUGGGAGGCUGCCUGUCAGAAACGGUUUCUACACCACUAAUGGCCACGCCAGAAACGCAUACACACCCCAGGAGAUAGUGGGAGGAAUCUCCAAGGAUGAGAUUUUGCUGCCCCAGAUGCUGAAGAAAAAAGGUUAUGUCAGCAAAAUAGUUGGCAAAUGGCAUCUGGGCCACAGACCACAAUACCUUCCUCUGAAGAAUGGUUUUGAUGAAUGGUUUGGUGCACCAAACUGCCACUUUGGCCCCUUUAACGACGGCGUCAGACCCAACAUUCCUGUCUACAACAACUCUGAGAUGCUUGGCAGAUACUAUGAGGAGUUUGCAAUUAACAGAAAGACAGGAGAAUCAAACCUCACACAGAUCUACUUGAUGGAAGGUCUUGACUUCAUACUUCGUCAGACUAAGGACCGGCAGCCUUUCUUCCUCUACUGGGCACCUGAUGCCACUCAUGCUCCUGUCUAUGCUUCCAAACGCUUCUUAGGGAAGAGUCAGCGAGGUCGUUAUGGGGAUGCAGUGAUGGAGCUGGACUACAGCGUCGGUCAGAUCUUAUCAUGGCUGCGGACUUUUGGCAUUGAGAAUAACACCUUUGUCUUCUUCACCUCAGACAACGGAGCCGCUCUAAUGUCUGGUCCAAAAGAGGGUGGAAGCAAUGGGCCGUUCCUCUGUGGGAAGGAGACCACUUUUGAGGGGGGCAUGAGGGAGCCUGCCAUCGCCUGGUGGCCUGGACACAUCAAAGAAGGCUCGGUGAAUUUCCAGCUAGCUAAUGUCAUGGACCUGUUCACCACCAGUCUGGCUCUAGCCGGCAUCAACCCUCCUGAUGAUCGAAUCCUGGACGGUCUGGACUUGACACCAGUGUUGCUGAACCGCUCACACACACUCCAAAACAGGCCAAUAUUUUAUUAUCGAGGGAAUGAGCUGAUGGCUGUGAGGCUUGGACAAUACAAGGCCCACUACUGGACCUGGAGCAACUCAUGGGAGGAGUUCAGAAAAGGUGUAAACUUUUGUCCAGGUCAAGAGGUACCGAAUGUGACAACCCAUGAACAGAAGGAGCACACACAGCAGCCAAUCAUUUUCCACCUAGGACGGGAUCCUGGAGAAAAGUUCCCAAUCAGUGUUUUGACUAAGGAGUACCAGGAUGUUCUGAGCAUGAUCUCUCCAAUCGUGGAGCAGCAUAAGAAGACUAUGGUGCCUGGUAUACCCCAGCUCAAUAUGUGCGACAUGGCAGUGAUGAACUGGGCACCAGCUGGCUGUGAGAAGUUAGGAAAGUGUCUGAAAGCACCCAAGUCUGAACCCUGGAAGUGUGACUGGCCACACUGAGGGCAGAAGUGCUGAGCCAUACGAGCCAAGAUGAGGAAGUAAAACCUGAAGAUGUGCCUUACAAGAACCGCAAACAAACUUACUGUUUAUACGGAUGUACUUUUAAAAUUUUUGUAAAAUUUUUGAUGCUCAACACUGAAGACAACAGUGAAAUGAAGCCAAGGGAAAUAUGUUGGGAUAACAAAUUAAAUCAUGGAAAUGGGUUUACAGAUAUGUGUUUUAAUAUGUGAAUACAAGUUCUGCCUGCUGUUGAAAAAUGCUCUGAAACAGUCUGUGUUGAAUCCUGACACAUUCUUAUGGAUGUAGAGCAGAAAGGGAGGGGAAUUUAUUCUAAGUGGGCCUGAAAUGAGUUGUAUAAAGUUGCAUUACUGAAUUCAUUGUAUAUGAUUUAGACAAACUGGUGCAGUUGCUAAGGAAAAACAAAACAUUUUUUAAAUAAAAUAAACUAUUGCCAUGUUCA